AUUUUGUCAAAAUCUGUCUCGGUUGUGAGAGUACUUCGAACUCAUUUAAUAAAGUUAAUGUGUGUGAAAAGUUGUUGAGUUGUUGUUUGAGAUAAACAGUUCAGAUGUUCUAGACGGUUCUGACAAUGGGUGCAGUGGUUCGCGGUGUUUAAGAGGAUGGAAAGGCUGUCGCAUGACUUAAACCUGGCUCUGGAAGAGAGUAAUUGCGGCCGGCAAGAGCGGCGGAAACUAGGGCUCCGUCGACGCACUAGGUCCGCUGGAAAUUUGCCGGCCGCCAUAGCAGUGAGUUUGGUUGAAGAUGGUAGUUCAAGCAGCCCUCCACAGGCCCCACUCAUCACGCAACCACUAUCAGACUCCGAUGACCCUCAUCUAAACCUGCACAAAUCAAGCAGUAUGAAGUCCAGACAGUAUUGUCAAAUUGGCAAUUUCGAGUCGGACUCGUUUAACGAAAACUUCUCCCCAACAAGACCAGCAAAUGCAAGGAGGAAGAGAAAGUAUAAAAAGAUGCCUGUCGAAUACCCAGAUGGAAAGCGCUCUCCGCCCAUCGAAAUACUAAGUGUUACUACAGAGCCAGCCUUACCAGCUACAAUAAUUAUGCAGACCCAAGGCCUGACGUCAAUUCCACAUAUUACCAAACACAAGCAAGAAAGGAAUGCAUUUUGUGGCAAAAGAAAAUGGUCCCAUAGAGACAAAGGAGAUGUAUGUGAGAUGAGAGAAAGAUCAUUCAGCGGAGGAUGUUCAUCCAAGUCAUCAUUCUUUAAAAAUGAUUUUAAAUGCAAGAAGUAUGAGGAAAAGAAACGAAAGGAGUCUGUAUUACAGCCAGGGAAGAUUAUACUCAAGUCUCAAAACGUUGAAGGCAUGCCAUCAUCAUUCACGAACACCCCAUCACUGCCUGGUAGCUCAAGCUUUAACUUUGUGUAUAAAAAUUCCGGAAAGAACGGACCAUUCCUCUCAAAGGUAACUGGGUACAAAAUCACCACAGAUCUACCACCGGUAUUCAGUCCUACAACCAGUACUGGAAAAUAUCAUUCGCGGAAGUUUAAACUCUUGAACAAGUCACACUCACCACACUCUCUGAGGAAUCCUCUAUUGUUCGAGGAUUCGAAUAGCGGCAUGGAUUGCGCGGGAAAUGAAUCUAGUUCGCUCAGCAGCAGUGACUCGGAUGGAGUCGUGACAAAUGACAGCGACAGAGAAGGCGACGAUGAACUGACCGACUGGCCCGGUAUUGAAGAACUAAAAGUUUUCAAUAAAAGCCUCACGUUUAAAUCUUCCAAAUCCGUCAAUAACAACAACAAUAACUCCCCAAAUUCAGUUAACAUGCCUCCACCGAAACGGCUGAAGAAAGAGAAACAUUUAGUGAAAAGCGGCUGGGCGAGUUGUAAGAAUAGAUUUAAAAAGAAGAGGCCUAAAGUUGAUUCGGGAAACGACGAUGACGCUAUGAUGUCCGAUUCAAAAACCGUCGUCGAUGUAGAGGACGAGGCGAUUAGCAAAGAGAAUAGGGACAUUUUACAGCCUCACUCGUCGUUUUCCAGUUUUAGCGAUAUAAAGAACGCUGGUGUGUCGGGUCAGAACGCGAAUGAGACGUUUUUUCAGUCCUUUCAGGCGUUUCAGGAGAAAUCCAGUCAGCAAGAGACGUUCAGUCAGACGCCUCGGACAAACUUUUCGUUGCAGAAAACGUCGUCUAGCGACUUGAAUGUUAGCGAGAAAUCGCCACAGAGCGAUCAUUAUUACAGUGAGCAUUCCAUGGGCAAUGCCGUGACAGAAGUGAGAGAAAUAAGAGCCGGGUGCAGGAGAAUACGUGAAGAGCGACCAGGUUUCCUUAUCCUGAGCGCUGCGAAUGAACAACUCUCAAAAUUCCUACAAGAUUCUUGCCAAACAGAGCUGAAGCUCCCAAGUUUCCAUGAUCCAGAGGAAAAGGAGAAGUUAGAAUCACUUGCCAAGCUGUAUUCCUUGAAACUGCAAGUGGAAAUGGGCAGGCCUAUUCUAAGAAAGACUAGCAACACAAUGCAGGCGGUGCGCGUUGAACAUUCCUACCACAACUUCCCUACGGACCACAAGAGGCGCUGUUACGGUGAGGACCAAGACUCCAGUUUGAGUUUGAGCGAGAACUCGGUCAACUCCAUCAACGAUUUGGACGAGCAUGAUUUAAACGAGCCGAAGCCUGGAACCAGCGACGCACAGCAAGAACUCGUGGACACUUUCUCGCAUACGCACGUCGAUAAGUCAUUGCUGGAUCCAGGUGAUGUAGACUAAAUUUCUUGAUAGCGAAGCAAAUUUUAACAAAUUGAUAAAUAUACGAUAAAGACUUAAAGAGCUGUUUGACAGCAGCAUUAGUUUCUAAAAAUUGUUGGUUAUAGAUCCUUUCAUCCACGAAGACGCGCCCCACCAUUCUUCCGCUGUUUGAGUGUUAUAGGUACACGCUAAAUCAUCCAUGAGUGCACACGCACACUACAGUAAUGACGCUCGGAUUGCUCGGAUCAAACUCCCCGCACCCCGCGCUUCCCUCGACCAAAAAUUUGUGGGGCGCGUCUUCGUGGAUGAAACGAUCUAUACACACAAUGUAAAAAUUACAGGCUCGCUUGUGCUAGUUGUUGUGAAAUUAUGAACAAAUGGUUUUGCUAUAGUCUCUAACAAGAUUUAAUAUUUUAUGUAUUUCCUUUAUAUCUUAAGUCGGAAAAUAUCUUGAAUAGAGUUGGAGACGGAUAUUCGGUAAAACUGCAGCGUAGGACGUCCAAUCGCACGGUGGACUGACUAUUUUCUUUAUGGAGGCCUAAGUAGUUAGUUUACGGCUAUUGAUGUUGAUAUAAUAUUUCCAUUCAUGUAUAAGUUAUAAUUUGUAGAACGUCUGUACAGCGUCUGUCGCCAACACAGACGACUCGUAUAGAAUAAACGCUUAAUGCUUCAACCACACCAACGCGCGCGGAUCGCCAUCGCCGGCGCGAUCAUAGGCCAAUGACAGGUCGCGCGACCCAACACGUUGGUGUGGUUGAAGCUUUACUGAAUCAAAAUAUGACUGUCUGCCCGUUAGGCCUCAGCCGCGAAUUUAGCGGGCAGCGGGGCGGCGGCGGUAGCGGCAGGAUCUUAUGCGUAAAAUCAAAUAGACUGGUUCUCGAAAACAGGCGCGGGAGCGGGCAACGAGCGGGCAGCGCACUCCUUCUUUUGCCCACAAUAAAUCGAGCGUUAGGAAUAAAUUUGAAUCGAAAUAAAAUUGUCGCCGUUGUUCAGACAUUUCGUUCGCGAAUAAAAACAAAUAUCUCGACAACACAACCCCGAACACAACACUUCGCCGCUAAAGCGCCGCGCGAGCUGCCCGCUUGUUUCGAGAACGGGUCUGCGUUG